AUGAAUUUUGAAAAUAUUACUGUAAGAAAAAAUAAAACAAUACUUAACUCGCCAAAUUCUUCAUUCGAGUCAACAAAUUCCGAUUAUCUUUCAAAAAGUUUACCUCAAUUGUCAUCCAGCUUAAGUUAUGAAGAGUUUGAAAGACUAAAGGAGGAAAUUGAACAGUUGAGAAUGCAAUUAAAUACCGCUAACAACGAAAGAGAUAACUUGAUCAUGGAAAACAACACUUUGAAAAAACAAACAGCUGAACAACAAAAUACUAUUACAAAUUUAAAAAAAAUCUGUAGCGAAACACAAAGUAGUACAAAAAAAAAUUCAACUAUAAAAAAACAAAGAUGUAAGGUAAAAAAUCUAAAUAUUGUUCAUAGAAAGAAACUGGAUAUGUCUUUCAUUGAUCUUGAGACAAAAUCUUCUGAAGGAAACACAACUGAAUUCGCUACACGCAAUAUGAGCAAGAACGGGUCUUCACAAGUCCAUAAACUUAACUUUAAAAAGUGCGAUCAAUACAAAACAGAUGGCGCUAUAUUAAAUCUGCAUGAAGAAAAUAAAGUAAUUAAUAAUCAGCAACCUUUUAAACCCAUUGACAACAAAACAAAAUCCCAAUUAAUUAUAUUUGGAGGACAACAAUUUACAGGAUUGGCCACACUACUUAUACAAUCUAGAAAUAACAAUCAGUACAAAGAUUACCAGGUCUUUUCAACUACAAAACCCUAUGCCACUACAGAGGAAAUUCUUAAAUCUAUUUAUAAAUUGAACGAUUGCGAAGAUAAUUAUCUAAUUAUAUGCAUAGGAGAAAAUGACACUAACCCUAACAAAAUAAUAAUAGAAUUAGUAUCAAUGCUAAAAUAUUUAAAAAAAACUAAAAUAUUAGUAUUUAAUGUUUUACAGAACAGGAAAAAGGCUAAAAUAGAAUACACAACUAUUCCUAAGAAGGGAACAAUUCCUUUUUACUUUAAGUCUUGUAAAAAUGUACAUUCAGGGGAUAAUUGCCAGGAAGUAAACUCUACUACGGCGUUUUUGAACAAAAUGGAAAUAGUAAAUACCGAGACUCAUAAAAAGGGAACCAUACCUUAUUAUUUUAAAAAGUCAAUACCGUGUUUAAAUAGACAACCUGACCCACAGUUGCCUUUACAAGCGAAAACAUGUUUUCGUCCCUAA